AUGGCUAUUAUUUACGGUGCUUCUGGGCCUUCUUAUGCCACAGUCAAAAAGUGGAGUCGUUUAUUUAAACUCGGGCGGGAAUCCAUCGAAGACGACCCCCGCUCAGGGCGGCCAAUAUCGGUAGUGACCGAAGAAAACGUAGCCAAAGUCAAAAAGUUGGUAUUGGAAGAUAGAAGAAUUAAGGUUUGGCAAAUAGCUGAGGUCCUAGGUAUAAGUAAAGAACGAGUCGGAGAAAUUUUACACGAACAUUUGCACAUGAGUAAAGUUAGUGCUCGUUGGGUGCCGAAAAUGCUUACUGCCUCCGAUAAAGAACGUCGUGUUGAAACUUCCCAGGCGUUUUUAGACUUGUGCGAAGAUAAUAUAGACGAAGUUUGUUCCCGAAUAGUUACUGUCGAUGAAACAUGGAUCAGACAGUAUGACCCGGAGUGUAAGUCCGAAUCAAUGCAGUGGAUUGAGAAGGGGGAACGGCCGCCGAAGAAAUUUAAAGUGCAAAAGUCGGCCUCUAAGUUAAUGGCUACGGUGUUUUGGGACUGUGAUGGUAUUCUUUUAAUCGAUUAUUUAGAAAAGGGUUCCACAAUAAAUGCACUUUAUUAUGCAGAUCUUGUAAGACAGGUACGACAAGCAAUAGUUGAAAAAAGGAGAGGUAAACUAAGGAAAGGAAUUUUGUUUUUGCAAGACAACGCACCCGUCCACACCGCUCAUGUUGCGAGGCGUGCUUUGAAGGAAGUUGGCUUUGACGAAAUCGACCACCCACCGUACAGCCCCGACCUAGCCCCUAGCGACUAUUUUCUAUUCAAUAAUUUGAAGAAAGAGUUGAGGGGAAAGCGAUUUACUAGUGACGAAGAGAUGAAGGCGGCCGUAGAGGAGCAUUUUGAAGGGCAAAAUAAAGAAUAUUUUUUUUAA